CACGUCACCAUUCACGAUCCUGUCUGUCUGUCACAUUGCUGCUUGCGCCAACCAGCACAACCACUCGAAUUUUUGCUCUGGAGAGACUCUUACAACGCCUUAGUUUUCACCUUUGCUUGCCAAUUCUUUGAUCAAAUUUGCCAUUCGUGCGCCUUAUUCAUUGUCACCAUGCCUCCUAAGAAGGGCGUCGACUCGCCCAUGAGCGCCUUCGAGCGCAGGCGACAAGAGAAUAUGGCCUCAAACCAGAAGAUUCUAGCCGAUGUCGCCGUAGUCGCUAAGAAAGUUAUGCCGACACCCCAAAAGAAGUCAACGCCAACCCGAUCGAAAACCCGGACUCCUGCAAAACGGGAGCCUGCAAUGCCGACUCGGCAGUCCUCACGACUUGCUGGUCUCGAUGCAGACAAUGAUACCUUAAAGAGAAAACUAGCCGUCGAGGCCGAACACGUCGCGGCGAAAGAGAAGGCUAAAAGGUUGAGAGUAAAUGGUGACCUAAAACUCGACGAUAUAGCUGUCGAAGGCAAGAAGUAUCUCGCUGGUGUAGACGGGUUUAAGGGUCUCGUCCGUGGUGCGCAGCCCGGAGUUCGAACGUUCACGGAGGACGAUGUUAAGGAAACCACCGACAAGGAUUUGAAGGAGCUGCGAAAGCGUAUGGGUGGUUUGAAGUUAUACGAGCACUGGGCCCCCAAUGACAUCAAGAUCACGCCCCAACGAGUUUAUGCUCUUGGCCUUCAUCCCACCGAAUCGAAGCCUCUUAUCUUUGCUGGCGAUAAAGAAGGCAACAUGGGCGUAUUUGACGCUUCACAGUCUGCUCCCGAAAUAAACGAUGAAGACGAAGAUGUGUCUGUGCCUGAUCCUACCAUUUCUGCGUUCAAGAUACACAGUCGCACGAUCACUUCCUUCGUUUUCUCUCAGCAGGAUAGCAAUUCUGUUUACACAUCCUCAUAUGACUCGUCAAUCCGCCGACUAGACCUGAACAAGGGAGAGUCCUACCAGGUGUGGGCGCCGUCGGAUCACAAUGAGGAUCUCCCCAUCUCAGCUCUUGACAUGGCAGAGUCGAGCCCCCAUGUGUUGUACUUUUCUACGCUUGAAGGCGGCGUCGGUCAGUACGACACAAGAACCUCCGAUGACGCUGAAAUCUGGACACUUUCGGAUCAGAAGAUUGGUGGAUUCUCUUUGCAUCCUCUCCAACCUCAUUUGCUCGCGACUGCAUCAUUAGACCGCACACUUAAGAUUUGGGAUCUUCGCAAGAUCACUGGCAAAGGGGACCUACGUCACCCUGCCCUACUUGGAGAACAUGGCUCGAGACUGUCUGUGUCGCACGCAUCUUGGAGUCCUGGCGGCCAUAUUGCUACUAGCUCUUAUGACGAUACUAUCAAGAUCUACAACUUCCCUGACGCUUCGUCCUGGAAACCUGGUCAGGACGUCAGCGUUGAACCUACCUAUCAAGUACGCCACAACAACCAGACUGGUCGUUGGGUGACCAUUCUCAAGCCUCAAUGGCAGAAGCGGCCUCAUGAUGGGAUCCAGAAGUUUGUCAUUGGCAACAUGAAUCGUUUUGUGGAUGUUUUUGCUUCAGACGGCAGCCAACUAGCUCAGCUUGAUGGGGAGGGUAUCACUGCAGUACCAGCCGUCGCACACUUCCACCCGUCUCGCGAUUGGGUCGCUGGUGCGACAUCCAGUGGAAAGCUUUGUUUCUGGCAGUGAGCCUCGGAUUACCGGUUUCGAAAAGGGGUGCAUGGAAUCAUCAGCAUUUAAGCGGGAGUUUUGGUUUGCUAUAUCUCGUGAAUACUGAUCAGGUUGUCGGCAAUGGCGGAACAGAGUACGCGUUUGUCGGAGUAGUGUAAAAUAUGAAUGUCCGAGCGAGUACGAGAGUCGAGGACUAUGGGUCCCUUGUUUUAAACAAUUGCUUUCAUGUACAUAGAGGCUGAGUCGAUCACGUUUUCAAGUCUGUGUGCAAUUUACUGCUAGCCAC